UUAUCAGAGAUAUGGUGAUAAGCCUUCCAAUCAUCUCGAGAUAGCCCGUGUGGCUGCCCUGCCCGCCCCAAACAUCAGUUGCCUGCCUGAACAAGCAGUGUGUGUAUCACAACUACCAAACACCGCAGAGAAAAUGCCAGGAGCGGAGGAGGACGUGUGCACGCUGAGCGAGGAGAUACAGCGCCUGGCGAAGGAGGAGCUGGGGGAAGACCCCAAAAGGAGGGAGGAGGAUAUCCAGGCGAUCAGAGCCUGGCUCAAGCAUCUCCCUCACCUCAACGCCAGGACAGACAGGACGACCAUCCUUCGAUACCUGAGAGGCUGCAAGUUCUCCCUGGAGAGGACCAAGGCCAAGCUGGAGAUGUACUACACCUGCAAGGGCGCCCUCCCAGACAUGUUCCAGGCCCGGGACCCACACAACCCUAAACUGCGAGCCAUACUCAAGAUGGGACUCAUGUUCCCGCUGCCUGGCUACGACCCCCACGGACGCAAGGUCAUCUUCGGCAGACUCGGAGCUUGGGAUCCCAAUCAAGUGAAGCCAGAAGACCUAUUCAAGGCUGCUGGGAUGCUCUUCGACGUGUUGUUCCUCGAGGAUGAGCAGACGACAGUCACUGGCAUCGUCCAAGCUAAUGAUAUGACCGGUCUCACUUUCAAGCAUCUUGCUGUGCUUCCCUUUCCGCUCGUCAGGAAAGUGAUGCUGACGUGGCAGGAAGGAUACCCGCUGCGGCCCAAGGGUGUCCACUACAUCAACACUCCGCAAGCCUUCGACACACUCUUCAACCUCUGCAGGCCGCUCAUGAAGGAAAAGAUGAAGACCAGGGUACAUGUGCACGGGAACAAGGUGGCGGGCAUACACAAGUACGUACCCCAGGCGAUGUUGCCCACAGAGUACGGAGGGACAGGCGGGUCGGUGGCCGAGAUCGCUGCAUACUGGCUGCAGAAGAUGGACGAUCACCGUGCUUGGUUCCUGGAGGACGAGAAACACUGCGCUGAUGAGGCCAGACGUCCAGGCAAGCCAAAGACGGCGUCCAACAUCUUCGGAGAGGUUGACGGAUCCUUUAAGAAACUCGACUUCGACUAAAUACCUUUAUAUCGACUAGAAAUCUCAGGCCGCCUAACUUUAAGUAAAGCUCAACCCACCAACAUUGCUUACAUGCAGUAUAUUUGACAUUUUUGUGUUUAUUCAUCUUGAAAGAGGCCAAGUUAUAACUUGUAUAGUGAGUUACUCCGUCGUUGGUGAGAGCUAGCUGUCCAAAGAGUUCGUCAGAGUGUUAUUCUGGCCAUCUGGAAAGUUAGCUGAUUUGGCGAUCGUGAGUGUUUGCUGAUCUGGCGAGCGUGAGAGUGUGUUGUUCUGGCGAUCAUGAGUGUUUUUCUUCUAUCCUCGAGAUUUUACUUCUUAAUUCUAGUCCCUAUUAUAUAUUUGAAGAGAAUCUUGAUUCUGUAGCCCUCCUCCCUCUCACAAGGCUCAUUCUCUUAGGUAUAUUCAAUUAGAAAAUGGUAAUGUUACCCAGAAUUGCUGUGAUGUCCAAGGUUAUGAGCCACACGGUACAUGGGUGGUUCACGACCCACACUGUACAUGGGUGGUUCACGACCCACACUGUACAUAGGUGGUUCACGACCCACACUGUACAUGGGUGGUUCACGACCCACACUGUACAUGGGUGGUUCACGACUCACUGUACAUGGGUGGUUCACGACCCACACUGUACAUGGGUGGUUCACGACCCACACUGUACAUAGGUGGUUCACGACCCACACUGUACAUGGGUGGUUCACGACUCACACUGUACAUGGGUGGUUCACGACCCACACUGUACAUGGGUGGUUCACGACCCACACUGUACAUGGGUGGUUCACGACCCACACUGUACGUGGGUGGUUCACGACCCACACUGUACGUGGGUGGUUCACGACCCACACUGUACGUGGGUGGUUCACA